AUGAAGUUGAAAAGCAUCGCCGCCUUCGGGUGCUUUGUAGCAUGUGCUGCUGCCAGAGUGGGACAUCAAGAUGCGGAAGUCCCAAGCCAGGACCUCCAAUCACAAAAGCCCAACUUUCUAUUCAUCAUGACAGAUGACCAGGACCUCAUGCUGGACUCGCUUUCAUUCACUCCUUUGACUGUGAACCACAUGACAAAGAAAGGCACGACAUUUGCCAACCAUUUUGUGACAACUGCUUUGUGCUGUCCGUCUCGCGUCAGUCUGCUCACCGGUCGUCAAGCCCAUAACACCAAUGUAACCGAUGUCAAUCCACCCUGGGGGGGAUAUCCUAAAUUCCUUGAGCGUGGCUUCAACGAGAAUUAUCUACCUGUGUGGAUGCAACAGGCCGGCUACGACACCUACUAUACAGGGAAAUUGAUGAACUCACAUUCCCUUGAAAACUAUGAUAGCCCCCAUGCUGCAGGAUUCAAUGGAUCUGAUUUUGUCUUGGACCCUUACACCUACGACUACAUGAACACCACCUAUCAACGCAAUCAUGACAAACCUGUCAGUUAUCUUGGUCGUCAUACGACCGAGGUUCUGCGUGAGAAGGCAAUGGGAUUCCUAAACGAUGCUUUGGAAGGAGAAAGGCCUUUCUUUAUGACAGUGACACCCAUUGCACCACAUUCAAACAUGAACGGAACCUAUGGAGGUGGUGCCGGCCCACUGUGGAUGGAUGAGCCCAUUCCCGAAGAGCGCCACAAGCAUCUCUUUCCCGACGCGAAAGUUCCUCGAACAGCUAACUUCAAUCCUCGGCAUCCAACCGGCGUAAGCUGGAUUCACGAUCUUCCAUACCGAAACCAGUCCGUGAUCGACUAUAACGAUCACUACUAUCGCCAGCGUCUCCGGGCUCUUCAAGGUGUCGAUGAGCUGGUUGAUAACCUGGUCACACGGCUGGAAGAGUCCGGGAAAAUAAACAAUACUUUCAUCAUCUACACAUCAGACAAUGGCUUCCAUAUCUCCCAGCACCGCCUUCCACCUGGCAAGACCUGUGGUUUUGAGGAGGAUAUUCGCGUUCCUUUCAUGAUUCGUGGGCCCAAUAUCCCUGAAAACCACGUCGAUAAUACUGUUACCACACAUAUCGACAUUGCCCCUACUCUCUUCAAGCUUGCGGGCAUCUCUCUGAGGUCUGACUUUGAUGGUACUCCGAUGCCAAUAUAUAAAACAAUUGGAGAUACCCAUGAGCAUGUUGCAGUUGAAUACUGGGGACGGGGGAUGCUUGAGGGCGGACUGUCAAAUCUCGGAACUCCCACUGUGCCAAACAACACCUACAAAGCCGUUCGUAUACUUGCCGCUGAGUACAACCUGUUCUUCUCGGUGUGGUGUAAUAAUGAGCAUGAGCUUUAUGACUUGAGCACGGACCCCUUCCAGGUGAAAAAUCUUUGGAAUUCAAAUUCAAAGCAGAGCCUGGUUCUUGGAUACUCAAUAUCCAGCGUCGUUUCGAGGCUCGAUGCUCUGCUGCUGGUGCUUAAGUCGUGUCAAGGCCCUGAGUGCAUCAAGCCUUGGAGUACUUUGCACCCGGAUGGUGACGUGACAAGUCUUAAAGAAGCUAUGGAUUCCAAAUUCGAUCAAUUUUAUCGCUCCCAGCCGAAGGUAUCUUUUGAUCGCUGCGUGUAUGGCUACGAGAUCGAUGUCGAGGGACCGCAGGAGGCAUUUGCUUUCAAGAACGGGUACAGUUUGGAUGAUUGGGUCUAG